AUGGCGCGGGGUGUCGUCUGGAACGAAGCCAUCCGUGCCUCCCAUCGAUGGGCGUCUACAUUUCCGAUGCCACCUGCGAGCUCAAUCACCUACCCUAUCGACUUUACCGACAGAGAGAAGUCUUUGUUGAACAGCUACGCAGCCGUAUUUUUGAACAAGAACAAACACUUUAGUAGCGCUGAUGCGACAAGAGCAGAACUGGACACGGCCUGUGAUUUGAUACUGAAAGAUUGGCCGAUGAAGAAGGGAAAAACUCCGCGUAUUGCCCGGGUAGUCUUUACUGAGGCAAAGAACAAUCUUCUUCGUGCGGAGAAGGCCAACCUUCAGGAAAACGAGGAGAGCGCAAUGGGAACUGCGAGCAAGAGAGCAAGACGUAAGAGACCGCUUGUGGAGUCUGAAGACGAGGACUAG